AUGUAAUAAGAUACUAGACCGCUUUUAAAUUAGGCAGGCCUCCUUUGCAAUUAAUCAAGAAUGUCAAUUUUUAUAACAUGUCCAAAUUGCAAAUAGUAAGGGACUACAAAGGUUGAAUAUAAAUCAGGUUCAGGAACUUGGUGUUGCUGCUUCAUAUUAUUUAUAUUUAUAUUCCUUAUUUGUUGGAUUCCAUUUGUUAAUAAAAAAUGUUAAGAUGCAAAUCAUUCGUGUUUAAACUGUGGUGUGCUUCUUGGAUCAUGUCCAUAUAAAGUUUGCGGAUGAAUAAUCAUGAUGUUAUGAUUUAUAUCGGAUUAGAU